AUGAGGCGGCGGAUGCGCCUACGCCGGGACGCGUCGCUCACGCUGCUCCUCGGCACCGCCCUCGGCUUCCUACUGUAUGCACAGCGCGACGGCGCGGCCCCGACGACGAGCGCGCCGCCAGCGCGCGUGAGGGCGGCACCAAGGCCCACCUCCGGGCCCCGCGCGUUCCAGGUACCGGACGCGGGUGCAGCCCUACCAGCCUACGAAGAAGACAUACCAGCGCCACCAACGCCCACAGGACCCUUUGACUUCGGCCGCUACCUGCGCGCCAAGGACCAGCGGCGCUUCCCGCUCCUCAUUAACCAGCCGCACAAGUGCCGCGGUGACGGUGCACCCGGCGGCCGACCCGAUCUGCUCAUCGCUGUCAAGUCAGUGGCGGCCGACUUCGAGAGACGCCAAGCCGUGCGCCAGACGUGGGGCGCUGAGGGUCGCGUGCAGGGGGCGCUCGUGCGCCGUGUGUUCUUGCUGGGCGUGCCGAGGGGCGCAGGCACAGACGCUGCAGACGGGGAGGGGGCGGGCACGCGAACGCACUGGCGCGCCCUACUUGGUGCUGAGAGCCGUGCAUUCGCGGACAUCCUGCUCUGGGCCUUCGACGACACUUUUUUCAAUCUAACCCUCAAGGAGAUCCACUUUCUGGCCUGGGCCUCCGCCUUCUGCCCCGACGUGCGGUUUGUUUUUAAGGGCGACGCCGAUGUGUUCGUGCACGUGGGAAACUUGCUGGAGUUCCUAGCGCCUCGGGAUCCGGGGCAGGACCUCCUUGCGGGUGACGUGAUUAUACAUGCGCGGCCAAUCCGCACACGCGCCAGCAAAUACUAUAUCCCCGAGGCUGUGUACGGCCUGCCCUCGUAUCCGGCCUAUGCGGGAGGUGGAGGCUUUGUGCUUUCCGGGGCCACCCUGCGCCGUCUGACCCGCGCCUGCGCGCAGGUUGAGCUCUUCCCCAUCGACGAUGUCUUUCUGGGCAUGUGUCUGCAGCGCCUGCGACUCACACCUGAGCCUCACCCCGCUUUCCGCACCUUUGGCAUCUCCCAGCCUUCAGCGGCGCCACAUCUGCGCACCUUCGACCCCUGCUUUUAUCGCGAGCUGGUUGUAGUGCAUGGGCUCUCGGCUGCUGACAUCUGGCUUAUGUGGCGUCUGCUGAACGGGCCACAUGGGCCAGCCUGUGCACAUUCACAGCCUGUAGCCGCAGGACCCUUCCAGUGGGACUCCUAGCUACCCAUCACAGCCCCCAGCUUGUCUCCCAGCUCCUCACUUGGUCCCAGGAUGGGGCCAGAGUAAGGGAUUUCCCAGGCAAAUUAUUGUGGUGUUGUAUGUGGUUCUUCCCCAGAUCACUGGGUGUCUGCCACCACAGAGUCCCAGGGAAAGAUUGUGCUUGACUCCUGCUGGCCCACCCAACCUGGAGACGGUCUGGAACCCGUGUAAUGGGGACCCUUAUAGCCAGGGUUAAGGUGGUGGACCAUCUCUUGCUCAACAGGCCCAGAGCGGUGGGCAUGUAUUUGCUCCUAGUAUCAGGAACAAGUACAUGUGUUUGGGUAGGGGUGACAGAGGCCGAUGGAAUCCCUCCACACUCCUUGGUUUGGACCCGGUAGGAUGAUGCAGACACAUGCAGGAAGUCUCCUUCUCAAGGCCAGGCCCCCCAGGGAGGCAUGGUGGGGCCAGGCCUCAUCCUUUAUGGAUCUGGCAGGCAUUGUGUCACAACUCAACCUGAAAGUAGACAUUUUGCUUUCCACGUGCCCUUUCAAAUUGGAUUCCCAGCCUUGUCCAGAUCUUUAGAUAUUGCCCUUCUACAGUCUGCUUUCCUGAAGCCAACCCCUCCUCGGCCCUGGUAUGGCUGGAACACAUACAGGGACAACUGAAUGCAUGGCCCUACCUAGUCUUAUUUUUCUUCAACUUUUUUGACAGCUGGAUGGUUAGGGGAAUGAAACCCUUGACCUUGGUGUUACAAGACUGUGCUCUAACCAAAUGAGCUAACCAGCCAGUACCCCAUACCUAGUCUUUCCCAACAUCCUACACCCACACAGUGAUGCCAAUCUCCUACUGGAGGCUGUACCAUCCCCUUCAGAGGAGCCAAGGAACAUCUUCCACUAAGGCUCUUCCACUAUAAAUUUCCCCAUAUUCUUCACCCCCUUCCUCAAAAAACCAACAUCCCCACACUUAUUUUAGUACAAACAUCCCAGCAACAGCAUAUGGGCGGGCUGUUGCUGAGGACACAGAUGCUUUAUUAGAGAGGGGAUUUGGGCAGGGGAUGAGGAAGGUUCCCUCAUUCCAUGAAGAUGGGAACAGUCCUGGCUGCCCCUGACAGUGAGAUGCGCAGGGGUCUGUGGCCAGGCCACAGUCCAAAUGGGAAGACACCAGUCAAUCACAAAGUUAUGGAUGUGCCACACAAGCCUGGCUGAAGACCCAGGAACCCAGGACAGGUCUCCUGCACAUUCAUCAUUAAACUAUACAGGAUGAGGCUGUACAUGAGUUAAUUACAAAAGAGUCAUAUUUACAAAAAUCUGUACACACAUUUGAAAAACUCACAAAAUUGUCAUCUAUGUAUCACAAGUUGCUAGACCAAAAUAUUAAAAAUGGGAUAAAAUUA